UGACAGAAAAACAAAUAUCAGUUUCUAAAAAUAUUAAUAAUAUUUGGUGAAAGAAAAUCUAUAUGAAUUAAAUUAUCUAUUCUCAUGUAUGCUAUUUGAAAUCAUUUCCUUUCGCAAACUGCAUAUAUGUAGUUUCAUAAAAUGUUUUGAAUUAGAACGCACUGACGGAAGGAUUAGAUCAGAUUUGAUGAAUCAGAAUUUAAUGACAUCAGCUGGUGAUCAAAACUCCCACGAACGUCGAAAACAUAUGUUCACUGACAAACAACGUGUUUACUUUUCUAUGUAUAUAAAGUACGAAAUGUAAAAAUAUAUCUUUUUGAUACGCUUGAUAUUUGAAUAGAUAAAAAUGAUGAGAAUAAGCUACUUAAUGAAAAAGUAUUACUGAAGUUAUUGCCUUUACUAGUUCCCAUUUCAGGUUUUAGACUUCACAUCUGAUGGAGACUAAUAAUAAAAAUAAGAGUAAAGAUAUAGAUUGGUCUAGAUAUGGACUUGGCUCAGAAACUGCACAAAGAGUCCGUGCUAAUACUAGCGGAUUUGUUGACUUAUCUAACAAUUAUGAAUAUAGUGUAGGGGGCCAUCAGGCCUUUGGAGCUAAUGAAUUAUUUGCCGAAGAACAGGGUGAUGUACCAUGGUGGAAAUCAAACUUUUUUAUAUCACAACCCGUUUUAUUUGGAACAUGGGAUGGUGUAUUCACCUCAUGUUUGAUAAAUAUCUUUGGGGUCAUUGUCUUUUUGAGAUCCGGAUGGAUUGUGGCUGAAGCAGGGGUUUUGAGUGCCGUGUUGAUGGUUUUAUCAACAGUAUUCAUUGCUCUUAUAACUGUUCUAUCUUCCGUCGGAAUAUGUGAGAGAUGUAGAAUUGAGAGUGGUGGUGUAUAUUUUGUGAUUGCCCAUGUACUGGGAUCCAAAUUUGGCGGUUCUCUGGGAUUACUUUACUGUUUUGGUCAAGCUGUUGGUUGUGCUCUCAAUGUACUUGGUUUUGGUGAAUCUAUGGCUGAACUGCUUGGUCUUGGAAAUUCAAUAUGGGCAGUUAGAUUUAUAGCAGGAGCAGCUGUUCUUCUGUUAGGAGUGAUUAAUGUUGCGGGUGUCAAGUGGGUGAUAAAAUUGCAAUUUAUCCUAUUACUUGUUUUGCUAUUGGCAGGUCUCGACUUCAUGGUUGGCAGCUUCGUACAUACAGACAUAGAGCAUGGAUUUGAAGGAUGGCUCUCGAACAAUUUAGAACUAAAUAUGUUCCCCAACUUCAGUUCAGGCAAUAAUUGGUUUAUAGUAUUUGGUGUAUUCUUUCCAACAGUGACAGGAAUACUUUCUGGUAUAAACAUGAGUGGGGAUCUAAAAGCCCCAUCUACAAAUAUUCCAAAUGGAUCUCUAGCAGCAAUAAGUACAGGCACAUUCCUCUACCUUGUUUUUGUGAUAUUUUUAGGAGCAACUUGCAAAAGGAGUUUUCUGCAGAAUGAUUAUUUGAUCGCAGCAAAAGUAUCUGCCUUCAGUGUCUUAUUAUUAGCGGGACUAUAUGUUUCCUCAAUGUCCAGUUGUCUUGGAGCUAUGUAUGGAACGCCCAGAGUCCUACAGUCGAUCGCUUUAGAAAAUGUGAUACCAAGUAUCAGCAUUCUUGGUAGCGGGAGAGGUCCAAACAAAGUACCAUUGUAUGCAAUGAGUGUUGUUGCUUCUGUAACAGUGGCUUUUAUUUUGAUUGGAGAAAUAAACGUGUUAGCACCUAUAGUAACAAUGCCAUUUCUGUUAACGUACGCCAGUGUAGAUUACGCUUAUUUUGCUCUUGCCCAGACGUUUGACAUACAACACCAAAGAGAACAAAGAUUCCAUAAACCAAGAAUUCAAAGUUCCAACAUAGUUUCCGAAGAAAACGAUUUAGAUAUAUUGUUUCCAGAGAGGACCAGACAUAAAACUUUGAGGGGCGAAUCGAGUUCUGGAAGCCCCAGCAGUCCAGAAGAGAAUGACGAUUCAACAUUGAUAUUAGCAAAGACACAUAUCCAUUCCAAACCGAAAAACUGGUAUUCAAAUUUGUGCAAUAGAUGGUUAUCCUUGUUUGGCGCCGCCUCGAAAAUUGUAAUAAUGUUCCUGGUGAAUUGGGUUUAUGCCAUUAUCUGCAUAACGGUGGUGUUUUUCGUGUGGUUGUACAUAGGUACAGCAAACCCUGCUGUAAAGCCAGGUUUAGCUGCCGAAUUCAAGUUUUUCAAAUGGUUGAGAGUUGUUCUACUGCGUUGUAUGGGAAGACGUGUAUACGACUAUGAACAAAUUGUUGUUACUCCUGUUCACCCAGGGCUGAACGUUACAUCUUCUCAGCUUAACGAAGAUAAUGAAGAUUUUGCCAACAGGAGAAGAUACCAUCAAUCAGCGACAGUGCAUGGACAUAUGGUCAACAUUGACGAUUGAUCUAAUCAGCUUAUAUUUUAUUUAUUGAAUUGUAUAUAUUUUUAAUACUGUUUUUGUAUAAUCUGAGAAACCAAAAGUGAAAUUAUUUUCUGAAAUAUUUUUGCAAUAUACACAUGGUGUUGUAUAUUAUGUAUUAUUAACAUAAAAAUUGCUUACAUAACUA